AUGUCCAACCUGAACCGCACCACCAUCAACACUGCUGCCCCUGUGGUGCCCAACCCGGUGGUCCACACCCAGGCCACGCCCCUUGCUGGCGGCAUGCAGAACCUGUCGCUCAAGGACAAGGUGGUCCACGAGGCCGAGCGGGUGAUAAACCACGCGCCCAUCGUGGAGAAGCAGAUUGUCAACGAGCGACCGGUAGAGGUGAGACGCGAGCACCACGUCCAACCGAUCGUCCACGAGACUGAGCACCGCAUCCAGCCCAUCAUCAAGACUCAGGCCACCACCGAGCAGCCAAUCAUCGAAAAGGACCGGAAUGUCAUGCAGGCCCCCAUCAUCGAGCGUGCCGCCCUGCCCGCCGGCCUGGAGGCCGUCGAGCGCGCUGGCCCCGAGGGAAUCCUCCACAAGGCCAAGCUCGAGAAGCAGGUCGUGGUCGAGCACCCUGUCGAGGUGCGCCGCGAGCACCAUGUACAGCCCAUCAUCCACGAGCGCGAGCACCGCAUCCAGCCCAUCAUCAAGACCGAGGCCACCACCGAGCGCCCCGUGAUCGAGCAGGACCGGAAUGUCAUGCACGCGCCCAUCGUUGAGCGUGCCGCGCUGCCCGCCGGGCUCGAGGCUGUCGAGCGCGCCGGGGCCGAGGGUAUCGUCCACCGGGCCAAGCUCGAGAAGGACGUCGUCGUCGAGCACCCGGUCCAGGUCAAGCACGAGCGCCACAUCCAGCCCAUCAUCCACGAGCGCGAGCACCACAUCCAGCCCGUGGUGAAGACUGAGGUGACGGCCCAGCAGACCCACCUCCGUACCGAGAAGAACGUCAUGCUCCAGCCCAUCGUAGAGCGCGCCGCGCUGCCGGCCGGCCUUGAAGCGGUCGAGCGGGGAGGGGCCGAGGGAGUGAUCCACCGGGCCAAGCUUGAGAAGGAGGUCAUCAUCGAGCAUCCGGUCCAGGUCAAGCACGAGCGCCACAUCCAGCCCAUCAUCCACGAGCGCGAGCACCACAUCCAACCCAUCGUCAAGACUGAGGUCACCGCCGCUCGGCCCGUGAUCGAGCAGGAGCGCGAGGUGCUGCUCCCGCCCAUCAUCGAGCCCACUGUCCUGGUCAGCGGCCCGCGACUCAACGCGCUCCCGGCGAACACCGUCGUCAACACCGCUACGACCGGUCUCGCGGCCGAGCGCGGCCUGGCCCACACCCACAAGCACGGCGCCGACGUCCACGCCCACAAGCACGCCGACAUCCGCGACCAGAAGCUGGCCCACACCCACAAGCACGGCGCCGACGUUCACUCGCACAAGCACGCCGAUGUGAGCGACUCGACCGCGCACCACCAUGCGGGGGUGGGGCAGAAGCUCAAGGGCGCGCUGAAGGAGGUUCAGGGCACGAUCACGCGCAACCCGGCCAAGAAGGAGGAGGGCAAGAUGUUGAUGCACGGCACAGACUCCACGGCCACCUCAUCCGCCCGGACCGGCAUCUAA